AUGGCAUUUCUACAGUUUUACCUCUCUUAUUCUGGAUCCUGCAUGUCCAGUAUAUACAAACUAUCCAUUAAAGGUAUCAGAUCAUUUGAGCCUGAAUCCGAUGAAACGAUACAGUUUGGGUUUCCAUUGACUUUGAUUUGUGGCCAAAAUGGAUGCGGUAAAACAACGGUAAUUGAAUGUCUACGAUACGCAACCACGGGUAAUCUACCACCAAAUUCAAAAGGUGGGGCAUUUGUUCAUGAUCCAAGCCUCAGUUCCAGAACUUCAGUUACAGGACAAGUAAAAUUGGCAUUCAAGAAUGCCAAUGGCAAAUCAAUGAUCACGACGAGGUCAGUUCAAGCAAGCAUCAAGAAUACGAAGACUGCCAAUGCCAGCACCGUUACGUUUAAAUCAAUGGAGGGGCAAUUAGCCUAUAUUGAAAAUGGCAAAAAAACAAGUAUAUCGUCCAAGAAUGCUGAGCUUGACUCGCAGAUUCCCAUCUUCCUCGGUGCAUCGACGGCCAUCUUGGAUAAUGUAAUAUUCUGUCAUCAAGAUGAAAGUUUGUGGCCAUUGAGUGAAGCAUCAGUAUUGAAAAAGAAGUUUGAUGAUAUAUUUGAGGCAUCUAGAUUUACCAAAGUGAUUGAUAAUUUGAAAAGUAUCAAAAAGGAUAUGGCAACUGAUAUAAAAUUGAUCGAACAAAGUGUUAACCAUUUGAAAAUUGACAAGGAUCGAGCAAAGAAAGUACGUGAUCGAUUAACAGAGAUGAAUCAAUCUGUUGAAACGUUUGCUUCGGAGAUUAGUGAAUUGAAUAUUCAAAUUGAACAAAAGGAUAUCGAGGCGGAGAAGUUGUUUGCCACUAAUCAAGAAUUUCAAAAGACGUUGAGUGAUUAUGAGAACUUGUUGAUGAAAAGAACGUCGCUUACGGAGACUAUUGAUAGAAUUAAAAGUUCAAUUGAAAUUUUGCCUGAUAGUGACGAGGAGUUGCUUCAUAAGCAAGAAAACUUUGCAGCUAUUGUCGCGGAAAAUAAGGAGUCUAUUCGCAAGUUACAAAAUGUGGGAGACAAUUUGAGUUCUAGCUUGAACGAAAAGACGGAGGAGUAUAAUGAAUUGAUUAGGUUGGACGGGUCACUCAAGGCUAAGAAGGCAGAUUAUGAUUCAAACAAAGUCAAAUUGACUCAAAUUAUAAAGAACAAUGCAGCUGAGGUUGAAGAACUUGGUGGGGACGAGUUGACAAACUUGGCAAAGUUUAAAGAUGCAGUUACUUCGAAGCUCGUAGACCUCCAGAAGCAAGAAAAAGAUUUACAGUCGACUAACAAGUCCAUUGAAAUUGAGAAACAAAAACUACUAAAGGAGGUGGAGGACAAAAUAAUCAAGGAUGAGCAGUCAUUGGAAUAUAUUGACAGCGACGUGCAGAAAUCUCAGCAAAGUUUGUUGCAAUUGAAAAGAAAGUUGGAUGCAACUUCAAAUGAUGAAUCUGAUUUGGUUUCGCAAAAGGGGGAGUUGGCAACAACUAUAGAAGAACUUGAUGCAAAAAAAAAUAAGAAGGAAGUGGACAAACUAGAUAUCCAGAUAACAAAGGCAAAUGCCGAAAAUGUCAAACUUGAAUUUGAAGCAGACGAACUUUCCAAAAGGUUGCUGAAGAGUAGUAAACAAUCAGAGUUGAGAACCAAGAUCAAAUACUUGCAAGACGAAAUAGAGUUGAAAAAUGCGUCAAUUACAAAGAUUGCCAAAAAAUUCAAUAGUGAGUACAAGGAAGUGGCUGGAAUUGAUCUUGAUGUGGAUUUUGCUGAAGCAAAACUUGAAGAAAGAUAUGAAGAAUUGAAAACAGAAGUGGAGACUCAACAGAAAAAGGUUUAUGGUAUACAAAGCGAGAUUGACUCAAUGAAGUCCUCUAGGCAGGGCAUUUUAAAUAACAUAUCCGACAAUCUAUCCAAAAUUGAUAAAUUGAAAUCCGACAUCACUGAUGUAAUUCAAGAAUCGGAAAUUGAUGAAUAUGAAAAUAUAUUGUAUGAUUUGGAGGAGGAUUACCGAAAUGUGACUGAAGAUGUAAACACAUCUGAAGUGACCAAAAGUUAUGGCAAAUCAGCCUUGGAAAUGGCAGAAAAGAACAAAUGUUGCUUAUUGUGUAAACGUAUGUUUGAUGAUCCGGCUUUGCAAAAGUUUGUCAAAGAAUUGAAACAAGGAUUUGACGAAGAAAAAAUAAGGGAGGUGAAGAGGAAUGCCGAAGAAAUUGGUAAAGAACUUGAUGCUACAAAGCGUAUCAGCUUGAAAGUGAUCAAUUAUCGCGAAUGUGCCACAUUGAAGCCCAAACUUGAGGCAGAUUUAAAUGUUCUCGACGACAAAAUUAAUGAACUAAGCGACACAUUGAAAACCGAAACCAAAACUCUUGAAGGUAUGAGACAUUCUUUUGAAUUUGCGGUCAAUUUGAAAAAGCCGCUUGACGAUGCUUCCAGGUUGAAUCUUGAAGUACAAGAUCUUGAUCUCAAAGUAGAUAAAUUGAAUGACGAGUUGGACGAGUUUGGUUCUACUAUAACUUCAAUCGAAGAAUUGCAAAACCAGCAACAAGAAAUUAGUGUCAAGAGACGUGAAGUAAGACAGCAUGUGACCGACCUCAAUGACGAAAAGUAUAAAGUGCAAAAGAAUAUCCAAAGAUUAGAAAAUAAAGUUAAGGAUACUAGGUUGACCAUUAGUAACCUCGAGCGUUCAUUAGCUGAAGUACAGAACAUCAAGAGGUCGAUUCAGGAUGUUGAAACCAACAUAGCUGGUUUGGAAUCGAAUGGUCUAGAAAUGAGAUCGAGAUUGCUGCGUUUGAGAAAAGAAAGGGACAGGGCAUUUCUUGAGUUGAAGCAAAUCCAAAUGGAGCAAUCUCUGGCUGAAGAAAAGAUGCUGAAAAGAGUCAAGUUAAUUGGUUCAAUAGUGGACACCUUCCAAACGCUUUUGACUGCAGUGACUGAUUUCGAAACUAUUGACCUUCCCAAAUUGGAGGAAAAUUUUGCCAAAAUGGAAGCCAUUGUCAAAGAAACUGACUCUAUAAAAGCGCAAAUUUCGGAAAACUCAAAUGUAGUUAAGAAAUUUGAAAAGUUGGUGAUGGACUCGUCACGAGUUGAGCACAAUAUUGUUGCUAAUAUCGACUACCGUGCGCAAGUUAGCCGAUUAGAUGAAACUGAAUUUCAAUUGAAUUCAAUGGAUAUUGAAAAUGCACAGUUGCAAAAAGAGGAAUACCAGCAAAACUCCAAACGCAUUAGAGACGAGAUAUCAGAUCUAUCGUCACGACAUGCCGGGAAAGUUGGUGAAGUCAAACAAAUCAAGGAUCAAAUUGAGACAUUGAAGAAGGAAUUGGCAACUGAAUACAAAAAUGUUGAUGAAAUGUACCACGAAGAAUGGAUCAAAUUGCAAACUAAUCUACUUGUGUCCAAUGAUAUUCAAAACUACUCAAAAGCGUUGGACAACGCAAUUAUGAAGUACCAUAGUAUAAAAAUGGAAGACAUUAAUCGUAUAUUGACAGAAUUAUGGUCACAAACUUACCAAGGAACAGACAUUUCCACCAUUGCAAUCAAAAGUGACGUAAACCUCCAAGCUAAAGGUAAUAGAUCAUACAAUUAUCGGGUGGUUAUGGUUAAGGACUCUAGCGAGCUAGAUAUGAGAGGACGUUGUUCGGCAGGGCAGAAAGUGUUAUCCAGUAUUUUGAUUCGAUUGGCAUUGGCUGAAUGUUUUGGAUCUAACUGUGGUAUAAUUGCAUUGGAUGAGCCCACGACCAAUUUGGAUAGCGAGAAUGCUGAAGCUUUGGCAACGGCAUUGAAUAGAGUCAUUGAUUACAGGAAACGACAACUGAAUUUCCAGUUGAUUGUGAUUACCCACGAUGAAAUGUUUUUGAGUCAUUUGCGGGGCUUUACUGAUCAUUAUUAUAAAAUUGACAGAGAUGAAAAGAGCAAGUCGAGAAUUUAUAGAAUGAGUUUUGCAACAAGGUAG